UCCGAUAGUCCAUAUCUAAGUAAUUGACAUUUAAAUUUUGUGCCUAUCAUUCAAACUUUGGUCGGGUUAAAUUCUUAGCCGUAACUUGGACUUUUUCAAUUUGAUAUUCUUGCAAAAAAUGGAUACAGAGAACUGUGCCACAACGUCCUGCCUGCCAGAGUGCAAAAUUGCCCGGAACAGCGGCUCCUCCAAUCCUGUGGCCGCUGCGGGCAAUAAUCCUUUGCCGAGCGCCAACGGGGGAAAUGAAGCCGACGAGCAUUUGCGCAAGAUCUUCAUCGGAGGCCUAUCCAUCCAGACGACUGUGGAAACCUUGCUCGAAUUCUUCAGGCAGUUCGGAGCCGUGGCCGAUGCGGUGGUCAUGCGCGACCCGGUGAGCAACCACUCCAGGGGCUUUGGGUUCGUCACCUACGUGGAUCCCACAUCCGUCGAUAAGGUUCAGAAGGCCAGACCCCAUACCAUUGAUAACAAGGCUGUGGAGACCAAGCCAGCUCUGCCACGUCACGAGUUUACCAAGCCAGGAGGAGGUGGAGGUUCAGGUCUUGGAAGUGGUGGACCCGGGGGCGUUAAAACAACCAAGAUCUUUUUGGGCGGUCUGAAGGACUGUCACGAUGAGAAAACCAUUCGCGAAUACUUUUCGCAGUUUGGCGCAGUCGUAAGCGUGAAAUUGCUGAUGGACAAGGAUACUGGGCGUAAGCGAGGAUUUGGAUUCCUGGAGUUUGGAGAUCUAUUAAGUGCCGAGCGGGCUUUGGCCCAGGGCAAGCACUCGAUCAACCUGAACACGGUGGAGGUGAAGAAGUCCACCCAGAAGCCUGAUCCUGGCAAGCGCCUUCGGUUCCCCGUUUCCGGAUCCGUUCGUGCCGGGUACAUUCCGCCGCAGCCGGCCUCUUUGGACAACUAUAGCCGCAACAGCAACUACAAUCCGUACCUGGUGCAGUCCGUCCUGCCACCAUCGGCCUUCAUCAACGGUUGGGCUGCCUAUGUGACCCCUGUGGCGCCACCAACUCCUCCCGGGCAGUACACAGCCCAUCCCAAACAACAUCCGGGGCAUCCAUUCACCGGCUACGGUCCGAAUGCCUGGUCCUCUUACCCGAAGCCCGGGAAAUAUGCUGCUCAGGAGUGGACACCCAGCAAGCUGGGCGAAUGGCCACCAAAGGCUGGGCACAAGCAUGCCCAGACCUCGACCAGCGAUCGUCCCAAGAACGAUUCUAAGAGCGUCCAGGUGACUCCUUCGGCCGCCAAAGUGGAUCUAGGUGCCAGGGGCGAUGCGGAUGGCGGUUCGGGAGUUAAGCUGGGACCGGGAUUGAAGGCAGGAGCAUCGGUUGGAAUCGGGGCCAUUAAGAAGUGGCCCACCGGCGACUACAAGGUCUUCAAGCCCGCUCAAACUCCAGCCCAUGGCCUCAAUCCAAAAAUGGGCAACGGGGGCUCACCACCAGCCUAUGGCGUCUAAUUUGGCGGUUACUGGAUCGACGUUUGCCCCAAUUACAUAGCUAAUGGCAUUUUCCGAAUUUGUACGAUGUAUGCCAUACCUUUAAGAGGAAGAAUAAUAAACAGAACAAUACACCGAGGUUUUAAGACUUAAAA